AUGAGGUUCUACGUCAUCCUAGUUCUUCUGACCACUCUCGUACUUGCCUCUGUUGGCGACAGAUCGCCCGACUUCCGCAACUGCGUCACCAAUUGCAUUCGACACACGUGUCAGACACAAAAAUACGUGCCGCCGCUGAUGCACCGGCUUCUGCUGUGGGACUGCCCUCAGGAAUGCGAUUAUCGGUGUCAGCAGAUCAUCACGUUUGCUCGGCUCAACCAGGGCCAGGAAAUCGUUCAAUUCCACGGGAAAUGGCCGUUUUUUCGGUUUUUCGGAAUCCAGGAGUUGGCGUCGGUGGUCUUUUCUUUGGCCAACUUUGUGCCUCAUUACCGAGGUUGGCUGAUGCUCAAGCACCUCAAUCAGCGAAAACCCAACCCGCUAAUCCCCUACUACAUUGGAUUUGCGCUGGUGGGAAUGAACUCAUGGAUCUGGAGCGCCGUGUUCCAUACCCGCGAUUUCCCCGUGACCGAGAAGCUCGACUACUUCUCGGCCGGUCUGUCUGUGCUCUACGGUUUCUUUUUUGCCACUGUCAGAAUCUUCCGACUCGAUCGAGACUCCAGAGAAACCACCCGUCUCGUUCUCGCCUCAGUCUGUGUCACGCUCUUCCUGGCUCACGUUUCGUAUCUUUCCUUCAUCAAAUUCGACUACGGAUACAACAUGACGGCUAACGUAGUGGUAGGAGCCCUCCAGCUCAUCAUGUGGAGUGUUUACUCGUUCACCCAGUUUGCAAAGACACACCAAUGGUGGUCGCUCAUGCCAUUUGGACUCUGUGUCACCAUUUCGGCUGCUAUGGGCCUGGAACUGUUUGAUUUCCCACCAUGGAAAUUUUUCAUCGACGCUCAUUCGCUGUGGCACGCUGCUACCGUGAUUCCCUGUUUCCUGUGGUACACAUGGAUGAAGAAGGAUCUUCAGUACGAGGAGCGAGCAGAGAAACAGGAGUGA